AUGGAAACCCUUCGACAGCUUAUCGCAGUUGUGCCUAACGGGUUUCUUCCAACCACUAUCAUUGGAUUGAUUUCUCUUUUCAGCUGGUACAUCCGCGAUGGCAAACCGUUUCACGGAUUCAAGCUUGUCGGCAAAGGGCCGGGUGAAUGGUCCAACAACGCGGCAUUGAAGAGAUGGCAAGAUGCCCCCCUCAGGCUUAUUAAGGAAGGUUUCAGAGCAACAUCAGGACGGCCUUUUCAAGUCAUAACAGACUCAGGUCCUUUGAUCAUGAUUCCUCUGGAUCUGGCAGAUGAAAUACGCAACGAUCCCCGCUUGACCUUUGCCGGGUUCUUGGAGCGUCAACAACUAACAAACUAUCCUGGACUCGACGCUUUACACCUCAGCACCAAGGAAGAAAUCAUCCAAGAAACGAUUAGAAAACACCUUACCCAAGCACUCGGAGGCUUGACACAACGACUCUCUGACGAGGCGGCAGCAGUCUUGGACAGUUGUUUACUGACCGGAAACGGAGAGUGGCAGCAUGUUCAAUUUUACAUGACCGCAGCCCAAACUGCGGCCAGGCUAUCAGCCCUGGCAUUCCUCGGCGAUGAGCUCUGCCAUAACCCCGAAUGGAUAGACAUCUCCAUCUCAUUCACGGGCGUAGCAUUGCAUUCAGGAAAUAGCCUCAGAGCUUGGCCGGCGAUCUUGCGGCCGUUCGUUCAUUAUCUCCUUCCGGAACUCUGGUACAUCAAGGGUAUCACCAAAAAAGCUCGGGCUAUUAUUUUCCCCGAACUGGAGAGGAGGAGAGCGGCCCAUUCAACAUCCACGAAACCCCAAGAUUCGCUCUCUUGGCUAGACGACGUCCGUGGAGAUCGCAAUUUCGACAUUGUGAAGGGCCAGCUUUUCCUGACUUUUGCUGCUAUCCACACCACGUCCUCCGCCCUAACGGCACUGCUAUAUGAUCUCAUUAAUAACCCCAAGUACUUCGGCCUUCUUAGAGAGGAGAUCACUCAAGUCUUGCAAGAAGAUGGUGGCUGGAAGAAAACCAGCUUGUACAGGAUGAAGCUUAUGGACAGUUGCAUGAAGGAAAGCCAGCGCUUGAAUAUCCUGGGACAUCAUAUGAUGAACCGCCGCGUCGAGACGCCAAUGACCCUAUCGGAUGGCACAUACCUGGCUAAAGGUGUUCAUCUUGGUGUCCCUGUCUCUCACAUGCGCGAUUCAGAGUUUCUAGGCGAGAACCCGGAUCAAUUUGAUGGCCACAGGUUCCUACGCAUGCGGCAACAGCCAGGCCAAGAAAACAAGUGGCAAUUCGUGACCACGAGCCCUCACUUCCUUAGCUUUGGGCACGGGAAGCAUGCUUGCCCUGGGCGGUUCUUCGCUAGUAACGAGAUCAAGAUCAUUCUCUGUCAUCUGAUUAUGAAAUACGACUGGUCCUACGAAAACGAGCCACCAAGGAGUGCUCACGAGCACCGAUUCGUGCCUGACCCGCAGACAGUCAUUUUGUACAAAAAGAGAGCGCCGGAAGUUCAGCUAUAA